AUGACGAAAGUAUUCUGUUUUCUACUAGUGCUAGAACUGAUCGCUCUGACGCAGUGUCAGCCUCCAGGAUUAGGAAGACGAUCAGCUGAACUCCAGCAGAACGGUGAACCAUUUGUUGAUUUUGGAAAACGAUCAGCUGAACUCCAGCCUGAUCCAGGAUUAGGAAGACGAUCAGCUGAACUCCAGCAGAACGGUGAACCAUUUGUUGAUUUUGGAAAACGAUCAGCCGAACUCCAGCCUCCAGGAUUAGGAAGACGAUCAGCUGAACUCCAGCAGAACGGUGAACCAUUUGUUGAUUUUGGAAAACGAUCAGCUGAACUCCAGCCUCCAGGAUUAGGAAGACGAUCAGCUGAACUCCAACAGAACGGUGAACCAUUUGUUGAUUUUGGAAAACGAUCAGCUGAACUCCAGCAGAACGGUGAACCAUUUGUUGAUUUUGGAAAACGAUCAGCUGAACUCCAGCAGAACGGUGAACCAUUUGUUGAUUUUGGAAAACGAUCAGCUCCAGAAGACGAUUAG